AUGGGCGAGUCUCGCACUCCGGCUAGGAAGACGCCUUCCAUGUCUAGGAAAUCUGGAUCAACUUCCACAGCCACCGGAAAGCAGCAGACCCUCUUCGGUUUCUUUGCGAAAGCCUCCCCGGCCCUGAAUUCGUCUCCUACGCCGUCCUGUCUUAAGGAGACGACAAAGUCAAAUAGAAAGCCAUCCACUGUCACCCCUGUACCCAGCAGUGAUGCUUUAGAGCCUUCCAGUUCACAAGAGAACCGUAGCUCCGCUGUUACGGUAAAGCCCCUUUCUGCCCUAUCUAUCAUGAGCAGUAGCCCAACACGCAAGGUUAGAAAGACUGUCAAUUACGCCGAGUCUUCCGGCGACGAAGACGAGGAGGAUGUUUUCGUAAGCAUGAAAGCCUCCCAGUCUCGACGCCGCAACCGUCACCAGUCUAGAGUCAUAGACGAGGAAGAGGGUGAUUAUGAGGAGAGCAAGGAUGCCGCUGCGGAUGAAGAAGAUGACGAGAUGGCCGAUUUCGUAGUUUCCGACGAUUCGGAUGCCCCAGCCAGGAAACGGAAGCGACCUUCGAAACCUCAAAGCGCUCGAAAGCGAACACAUGCUUCUCCCGAGCAGGAUGAUGAUGAGCAGCCUGAAAAGGACGCUGGCGACGAGAUGAUGGAUGACGUGCCGUCGACGUCGACUGCCCAACAAUGGCGAUACGAUCCGGAUGAUAUCGAUCCGGUAAAACCGAGGUCGGCUUCGCAAUCUACGCGCAAGCCCUCUUCGGCAAAACAGAAGGCGCACACUCGAGAACCCGAAGAGCGCUACACUUGGCUCGCUAAUAUCAAGGACAUAAACCGGAAUCCACCCGGCCACCCAGAUUACGAUCCCGCAACCGUGUACGUUCCGCCCCUGGCGUGGAAUGGCUUUUCGGCCUUCGAGAAGCAGUACUGGGAAAUUAAGCAGAAGCUAUGGGACACGGUGGUUUUUUUCAAGAAGGGCAAAUUCUAUGAGCUCUACGAAAACGACGCCACUAUCGGUCACCAGCUCUUCGACCUUAAGCUUACCGACCGUGUCAACAUGCGCAUGGUCGGCGUGCCGGAGAGUUCUUUAGACAUGUGGGUUAACCAAUUCAUAGCCAAGGGUUACAAGGUUGCGCGAGUCGAUCAAAUGGAAACUGCACUGGGUAAGGAGAUGCGCGAAAGAGGAGACGUCAAAGCCAAGAAGCAAGACAAGAUCAUCCGGCGAGAACUGGCUUGCAUCCUAACGGGCGGCACGCUUGUCGAUGGCAGCAUGCUUCAGGACGACAUGGCAACAUACUGCGUUGCUAUUAAGGAGUCUGUCGUUGAUGAUCACCCGGCGUUCGGUAUCGCUUUUGUAGAUGCUGCCACGGGCCAGUUUUUUAUAUCUGAGUUUGAGGACGACGUCGAUCUGACUAAAUUUGAGACGCUGGUCGCUCAGACGAGUCCUCGGGAGCUGCUCCUCGAAAAGUCUCGCAUCUCGACCAAGGCCCUGCGCAUUCUCAAGAACAAUACCUCUCCCACCACCAUCUGGAACUACUUCAAGUCCGGCAGCGAGUUCUGGGAAGCUGAUCUUACCCGGAGGGAACUCGACUGCAACGGCUACUUUGCCGAGGCUGAAGGCGCAGAGGAGCGUUGGCCUGGCACGCUGGCCGAGGCGAGAGACAAGGACCUGCUGAUGUCUGCUCUCGGCGCUCUCGUUCAGUAUCUCAGAGUUCUCAAGAUCGAGAGGAACCUUCUAUCUCAAGGCAAUUUCACCUGGUACAAUCCUAUCCACAAGAAUGGCACGUUGAUCCUCGACGGCCAGACCCUUAUUAACCUUGAGAUCUUUGCCAACUCUGUAAACGGGGGCUCUGGCGGAACUCUAUUUGCACUCUUAAACCGCUGCGUCACACCGUUCGGCAAGCGGCUUUUCCGCCAGUGGGUAUGCCACCCCUUGUGUAAUAUCGAAAAGAUCAACGAGCGCUUGGAUGCGGUUGAUAUGCUCAACGCCGACAAAACCGUUCGGGAGCAGUUAUCUUCGCAGAUGACGCGGAUGCCUGAUCUAGAGCGUCUCAUCUCGCGAAUCCACGCCGGCUCGUGCCGGCCCGACGAUUUCGUUAAAGUCCUAGAGGGCUUCGAGCAGAUCGAGUACACAGUAAGCCUUCUUGAAGCUUUCGGCGGCGGAAAAAGUCUGAUCGAUCGCCUCGUCUCGUCCAUGCCAAACCUUAACGAGCCGCUAUCGUUUUGGAAGACGGCUUUCGACCGCAAGAAGGCUCGAGAGGAGAAAAUUCUGGUCCCCGAGCGCGGGAUCGAGGAAGAUUUCGACCAGAGUCACGACAGGAUCCUCGAGAUUAAGCAUGAUCUCCAAGAGCUGCUUGGCAAGAAGAAGACCGAACUGAAGAACAAAUCCCUCAGGUUCGCCGACGUGGGUAAAGAAGUCUACCAGAUCGAGGCACCCAAAGCCGUCAAGGUUCCUAAGGACUGGCAGCAGAUGUCUGCCACCUCGAGCGUCAAGCGUUACUACUUUAAGGAGCUGACUGAUCUGGUGCGGCAGCUGCAAGAGGCAGAGGAGACUCACUCUCAGCUUGUUCGAGAAGUCACGCUGCGCCUCUUGCAGCGGUUUGAUGUCGACUAUGAUACUUGGUUGCAGGCCAUCCGCAUUACGUCUCAGCUCGACUGCCUACUCUGCCUCGCCAAAGCAUCUUCUUCCUUAGGCGAGCCCAGCUGCCGCCCCGUCUUUGUAGAUGAGGAGCGCAGCGUCGUCGAGUUUGAGGAGCUACGCCACCCCUGCAUGCUAAACACCGUUGAUGACUUUAUUCCUAACGACAUCGUGUUAGGCGGCAAUUCGGCCAAGAUCGAUCUCCUGACGGGUGCGAAUGCCGCCGGUAAGUCUACAAUCCUACGAAUGUCUUGCAUCGCGGUCAUCAUGGCGCAGAUUGGCUGCUACGUGCCAGCUACUUCGGCCAAGCUUACCCCCUGCGAUCGUAUCAUGUCGCGGCUCGGUGCUAAUGACAACAUCUUCGCGGCGCAAUCAACGUUCUUCGUCGAGUUGUCGGAGACCAAGAAGAUACUGUCCGAAGCCACGCCACGGUCCUUAGUCAUCCUUGACGAGCUCGGCCGCGGCACAUCUAGCUACGACGGCGUCGCCGUGGCCCAGGCUGUUCUGCACCACGUAGCUACGCAUAUAGGAUGUAUCGGCUUCUUCGCUACGCACUACCACUCGCUCGCGACUGAGUUCGAAAACCAUCCAGAGAUCAGAGCGAAGCGCAUGCAGAUCCACGUCGAUGAGAAGCAGCGGCGUGUGACCUUCCUAUACAAACUCGAAGACGGUGUAGCAGAAGGAAGCUUCGGUAUGCAUUGCGCAGCGAUGUGCGGCAUUUCUAGCCGUGUUAUCGAGAGAGCUGAAGUGGCCGCUAAGGAGUGGGAGCACACUAGCAGGCUCAAGGAAAGCUUAGAGCGUGCGCGCGAAGGCUGUUACAUCCCUCUGGGUAUAUUGAGCGACGUAGCCGCGCUGCUCGACGAAGAGAAGAGUAGCGAUAUCGGUCUACAGAGCAUGGAUGUUCUGACGAAGGCGAUCGAAGCGCUUUAA